AUGAAAGGAAUGUUGAGGUUUGACAUGAAGGGUAAGUUGAACCACUGGUUCAUUGGGUCAUUUGAGAUCCUAGAACGGAUCCGUCCUGUAGUUUAUCUGCUGGCUUUGCCAUCAUCUCUUUCGAAAGUUCGCAAUGUUUUUCAUGUUUCAAUGUUGAGAAUGUACAUAGCGGACUCAUCUCAUAUUGUGGAUUAUGAGCCGUUGCAAUCAAAUGAAAACAUAAGUUACAAAGAGAAACCUAUUCAAAUUUUGACCAAGGAAAUGAAUGCGUUGCGUCACAAGGAGAUUUGCUUUGAUGAAGAUUCUUUGGUGAAAUCAUCCGUUCGAAAAAGCAACAUGGGAAUGAGAAGACGAGAUGAGGUCACAAUAUCUUGA